AUAUCUCAACUGUCACGAAUGGAACGCAUAGAAUUGUGGGAUAUCAAAGGCAGUGAAGGAUACAUCUAUGCUGCCUUCAAAAAUUGAUCUGAUGAAGGCAUUUCAUGAGACAGGAAGUGAAGCUAUCAUUGGAUUCGGACAUGCCUUGAUGCCUUCCUACCUUGAAAUGUGUCCCCCGAAGGCAGCAUUUUCCAGUUUUCGGACGUAGCCCUUGUGUGCAACAGUAGCCCUACGUCACCUGAGUUUCCAUCAUUUGAAAAUGCCAAAAGGGCAGACACAGAGAUUGAGAAUGCUGCAGUCUCCUAAAUGUCACAUGAUUUACUGGAAACCAGCAGUCUACAGAUACCCUCUGAUUGGCUGACAUCUAGACUUGCAAGUGUUUAAGACCACUGCAUAGUGUACCAUAUAGCAAAAGAACACAGCGUUCUUUCAUCUGUCAUCGGACGCAUAUCUUAUGUGAUAUUCAGCACAGAACUUUCAUUUGCUGUUUGGAAUCCAGAUUCACUUCAGCAUCUGCAUUAUAUAUAGAUCAUCUGAGGGAUUUUACUAAAUCAAGAUGUUGCUGAUCAUUGCAGCUCUUCUCAUUUUAGCUUCUCUAGGACAGGAUCACAGAACUGAUGCUUCUGAAGGACAGAUAUUUCCACUGGAUAUGGCACUGAAUUCUGUUGAUGAUGAAUAUGAUGGUUGUACAGAGAACAUGACACACCUGGUGGAGACAGAAUAUCUGAAGAGGGAGCUCAACAGCUCUGAAUCUGAUUUUAAAGAAUCUUGGCAAUAUUGUGAAAAUAAUUAUGUGAAGCCAGAACAUAACAUGACAAAGAAUUAUUCAAUAGCCAUUUGUGUGUACACAGACAGAAAAGUCUAUGGUGUUUUUAAUAAUGACACUCGUUACGGUAAACAAAACUACACAAACGACACAUACAAAUGGCAUUCACUUCACUUUCUGUUAGCAAAAGCAAUACAGAUUCUAAAGGAAACACAAGAUAAAUGUAUUUUAACUUAUCGUAAUACAAAAGUUAAAUUUAAUGAGAGUGUAAAGAACACAACAGUUCGUUUUGGUCAAUUUGCAUCUUCCUCCUAUAAUCCUAACAGAGCUAAAUUUUUUGGAAAUGUAUCUUGUUUCGAGAUCUACACUUGUUACGGCGCAAAUGUGACAAAAUAUUCUAGGCUUCCUCGUGAGCAAGAGGUGCUGAUUCCUCCGUAUGAGAUGUUUAAAGUCACUGAUGUCAAGUCAAUAAGAGAUGAGAAAGAUCUUAGGUGUGAAACUGUAUACACUUUAAAUAGCACUGGAACACAAAGUGACCUGAACUGUACUCUAUUCACGAGACCACGUUCAUAAAGAAGUACUAUAUUUUGCUCUAAGCUGAACAAAGUGCUUUGAUACGGAAGCAGAUUAGUCUCAUUAAUAAUUCUCGCAAAAAACACGAUGCACACAUGCUUAGCAAAUUUCACAUGCAUGAAACCUAAUUCACGUGCACAAAAAACAAUUCACGUGCUCGAAAAAACAUAUACAUUCACAAAAAGCAAUUCACGUGCGCAAAAUAAAAUUAGAUAUUCAUAAAGUACAUUUCACAAAUGUAAAACACAAUUCAUAGAUAUACAACUGUGCAAAAUAUUUUGAAUGUUUGAAACUUACAAGUUUAUCCUCACAUUCGAGUGUGAAUCACCUUGGAUUUGUGUGUGUGUAUCAUUAUCACGUGAGGGCGUGCCUACCUGGGUGUUACGUCAUCAGCUGUCGCCCAGUUCAAAUCAUGCAGAGAGAUGUGUACAGUUUGAUCAUUCAUUUCAUGUGUUUACUGAAGUAAACAAAGUUAGAGAUCAGUUGAAGCUAUAGUUUAACAACUUGUUUAGUCCGAGUGUGAACAUAAUUUUAAGUAUUGAUGGAUUCUUAUAUGUACUUCAUAAAGAAAUCAUGUGCAUAUCAUACAACGUUAGGAUUUUAGAUUAAUUAACUCCAUAGAACACAUAACAAUGGUUUGACUGAUGAGAGAUGUUGUAUAGACGAUAAUGAAAAUAUAAUGUUUAUUUAUUUAUUGAGGAUCGGAAAGAGCAAUCACAGCUAGGGGUGUGCGAUAAAUAUCGUCUGUGAUAAUCAUAAUUGUUGUUUUAACAAUGUGCGAUCUGACAUUGAGUAUAUCCCUCACACACCCAGAGAAUGCACGCUUACAUUACACGAUGUGGUCUUGUAGAUUAGACUAGCGAUUGUACAUUUAGAAUGCAAAUUUUCACUGCAAGAUUUAGUCUAUAUUCAUAUCAUUUUAAUGUAGUAAAUAUCACACGAAGAGUGCAAUUUUUCUCCAGAUAUCAACAUGAUAACAAAUGUGACAUUGAUUUAUACAAGUUUAAUAAACAAGUUAAUAUUAAGUGACACCAUAUUGCCUGUUUUUGCUCUAUUUCGCCAACGAAAAUGGUUCAAAACAAAACCACAGCACUGUAAUUGCAUCUCUGAGCAACAGUAGAGAUGUUUCCUUACAGUAAGAUGUUUCCUUACUGAACGAAUCAGCUUUUUGAACAAAGCAGUUGAAUCAAUGAUUCAAUGACUACGAUAGAUUAUAAUAGUCAAAUGUUUCGUUCCUGAAUGAAUCAGCCAUUUGAAUGAAUCGGUUGAAUCUCAAUGACUCACUCAUUAACGGUGACUUGCUGCCACCUAGUGGCGGUUUUUAUAUCUUUUCAUGUUUUUAAUCAUUUCAAAUAUCAGUAUUCAACAUUUUAUGUUAAAAACAUCAAAAUAUUAUUUAUGCAUUUGUAACUGCAGGUUAUUCAGUUGUCACUUCAGAGCUGUAUUAAACUGUCUGCGUAAAUGCAUCUAAAUGCCACUUCAGAUGCAGCUUCUGUUUCCUCUAUUGCAAAGAUGAAUUUUGUUGAGACUUGAUUGGUGACAGUCCUAUUGUGUCUUAUUAUUAUUAUAUAGAAUAUAUAGAAUUUGAUUACAUUCAUGACAUUGACAUGAAAGAUGAUGCGUGUAUAAAAAAUGGAUUUAUAAAGGUAAAAAUGCCCAUAAAAGGUAAAAAAAAAUAAAAAAAAAUAUAUAUAUAUUUCUGUUACUGCUGUGAAUUGACCAUCACGCAGAAUAUGAAGAAUAAAACUCCUGAGUCAGCUGUCCACGACAGUCCCAAACCUGCUAAGGUACCAGCACAGUAACACACUCAGCAAAAUAUCAUCUAAUUAUCGUUAUCAAUAAAAUCUCAGAUUGAUCUAAUUUUUUUCUCAAUGUUGCACACCCCUAGUCACAGCACUGUGUUUGUACCUGUACUGCUUGCCAUGUCACAUUCAACUGAUGAUAAUGUAUGUAAUGACGUGCACAUUGAGAACAUUUACGUUUCAUCUUUUUUUUUUUUUUUUUUAGCUGCAUAUAUAUAGUUUUAUUGUUUCAGAUUUGCGAGGCAGAUGAUGAAUGAAGAUACAGAGACAACCAGUACUUUGAACUUACAAUCCCUACUGUUAUUCUUUCAAAACAGUCAUGUUGUAAGCUAUCCACUUUGACAGUUGUUUCAACAAGAGGUUGAAAGUCAUGCAUUGUUACUAUUCAUUUGAAUCCUGCUGACUAUACACACUCAAGGAAUAAAGCCCUAAUACUUAAACGUUCUUGUUUUAUGUCAGAAUUAAAAGAUUCAAAGACAUUUGCUACAGUUGAUUAAAACGUUUUAUUAAUUUGAAUGUUUCUUGGAAACAAAAUCUGUAUAAAAUGACUUGUCCAUGAUUAAUUAUAUUGUACCAGUUACAUAUGAAGAUCAUGAACUGAUAAUCUCAAAUAUGAAGGAGCACAACAUUCAGUACAGAGAAAUAUACGUCUCUUCCAUAGUUGAGAUUGUCUGACUAACAGUUUGAAGCUGGGCUACAAGUUCUUCAGUCACAGGCCAUUCAACUGGAACCACAAUUCCACUGCAUGACCGGUCAGGGAUAAUGGUAGUGAUGGUGAGGUGAUGGUGAAAUAAUUAAAAAAGAGUUUACGGAGUAAUCUUAGUUGCAUAAUGUUAAUUGCAUCUCUAAUCAGUAUGCCAUUCAUUUGUUAACAAAUGAAACCUUAUUAUAAAGUGUUACCAAUUAUUGCUUCACAACAUUGUCCUGUGAUAUUAAAAACCUUGAGAUGACAAUACAGCAAAGAACAUAAGUAAAUGAAUAUUGGAUAUAGAUUAUAUAUAUAUAUAUAUAUAUAUAUAUAAUAUAUAAAAGACAUUAAUACAUAACAUAUAAAAGCAUAAAGAAACAAAAUGUUUGUGACUGAUAUCCAGAUGUCAAGCCAACAGUGAUUACCACAGCAGUUGCUUAUAUCUGUAAAUCAUUAAUAAACUAUAGAUUCAACUGA